AUGAAACUUGCUCUUUCUGCGUUGCAGUUCUUCUACUGUCCAGCGCUAUUCCUUGCUGGCUCGGCAAUGGCGCAGAACAACGAGACUACCAGCGUCGAAAUGUACGAUUUCCUUUAUAACAUCGUCGGUGAUGAUCCUGGCGCAGGAUGGGCAGACUCCUACAAUAUAGGCGACGAAUGCUUCUGCUCCAUCACAACAUUCGAUCAUGGGAUUGGCGUCAUGCUCGUUGAAUGGAAGGAAGGAUACUGGGCGUCCGUCGAAGAUAUUUGCAAUGCUUUGGGAGAACCGCCUGAUUUGAAUAUGACCCAAUUGGGUGUCUCAAUUCCAGUCUACAACGAUGUCCAAUGUGGCAGAGGACCACCCAAUGAUGCCGGAGAUGAACACCGAUGCCCAGGUCGCGUAGAUAUGGGCCCCGAAGGAUGCGGGCAACUAGGGCCAUUUUGGAAUACGACCAAGCUGGAAGAGACGCUGUUGGACAAGAAUGCCGCCAUUACUCCAAUUCCAGCCGGUGUACACCCCGAUAUCCAAUUUGUCUUGAAUCUCACGACCACCACAGAGCCAGGUGGUGAGGGUUGGCACGACAGUUACUCUGUGGGGGAUGAAUGCUUCUGCAGCACCACUUUUGACCACGAUAUUGGCGAGGCUGUGGUUGAUACCCCAUUCGGUUUCCUCACCCUGCUGCAGGCCUGCACUUUGUUGGGUCCUGGCCCCGGGGCUGAGAACCGUCCCGUCUACAAUGAUGUCCAAUGUGGCAAUGGACCACCAAACGAUGCAGGUGAUGAACAGAUUUGCCCCGGUAGGGUGGACAUUGGAGCAGAAGGUUGUGGGCACAUUGGACCCAAGUGGAACUGGGACAAAGUCCCCGCCAAUGUAACCAUUCCACCUUACGUUGCAUCUUCGUCUUCCGACAAUUGGUUCUGGCGCGGCUUUGGUUUCCCAGCUGCAAUCAUGCUCGUCUUGGCGCUUGCAUGCUCUUAA